GCCGUAUAACGAGUUAGUUGGUAGUUGGGGAGAAAGCAUUUCGUUAGUAGUAGCAUCACAUCUUCAUUUUUCUGCCCGCAACGCAGUUUAACCGCCUGAUCCUACGGUUCGUGCGAACACGAAUAUCUUCCUGAAUAUGUGACCGAUACGCGUGAUUUGUUGGUGGAAUAACGAAAAAUUCUAUGAUAGCCCUCACCGUAUAAACGCGCCUUACCCUUCCCUAAUUAAGGUUAGAGUUUGGACGUCUUUUCCUCCUACCAACUCCUAACACGGUGAAUACGACAUUCUUUCAUUUCAGGCUUGGAAUACGCCGUUUUCACCACUGUCUGCGAACAAUGUCGAGUGCAAAGACUAAAGCAUCGCCAUGGAUUCAGCCCAAGGGCACCACAACCCCGUUGAUCGCGUUCAAUUCCAUGACGCACACGAAAACGCCGUUUAUUGCACCUAACGGACAUUCAUUGACAUGGUACUGUUGUGGACCUACUGUGUACGACGCUAGUCAUAUGGGACAUGCUCGGAAUUAUGUGACUACAGACAUUUUGCGUCGAAUCCUGCAGAAUUAUUUCAAUUACGACAUCACGUUCGUGCAGAAUGUGACCGACAUUGACGACAAGAUUAUUGUCCGUGCUCGUCAGAAGUAUUUGCUUGAACAGUAUAUUCAGGAGCAUACAAAUGCUUGCGACAGCGAGGUGUUGAAGACUGUACGGGAAGCUUGGACAGAGUAUGCCAAGAAGAAUAUUCCUGAACCUGUCGAGUCUGAGAAGGAAUGGGCUGAAUGGCUGAAGAGCCAUGAUGUCGCUACACUCUCAGCAACCUCUCCGAAACUGCCUAUGCGUGUUUCGGCUCUUUCCUCUUCCUUAGCCGCCGUUGAGUUGGCUGAGAAGUCCAACGAGCUGGACGAUGCUAAGACCGCUUGGUUCUGGGAGAGCGUUCAAGAUGUCCUCGUGCCUGUGCUCGACGACAAAUUGGGUUCCACCGUCACAGAUCCAGCAGUGUUUCGCAAAUUGGCCGCUUACUGGGAAGAUGACUUUAACAAGGAUAUGCGUGCCUUGAAUGUUUUGCCCCCAACUGUCGUUACCCGUGUUUCCGAAUACAUGCCCGAAAUUGUUGACUUUGUAAAGAAGAUCAUUGAGCGUGGUUACGCAUACGCCGUUGAGGAUGGCAGUGUGUAUUUCGAUACUGAGGCCUUCAGUGCUGCUGGCCACUUCUAUGCCAAAAUCGAGCCUUGGAACAAAAACAACCGCGAACUCAUUGACGAGGGUGAGGGUGCACUGGCUGCUCGCACAGGUAAGAAGCGUCCGGGUGACUUUGCCCUGUGGAAGGCUAGUAAAUCUGGAGAGCCCUUUUGGGACAGUCCUUGGGGUAAGGGUCGUCCCGGUUGGCACAUUGAGUGUUCCGUAAUGGCCGGUACCAUUUUGGGUUCCAAUAUUGAUAUUCACUCUGGUGGUAUUGACUUGGCCUUCCCUCAUCACGAUAAUGAAUUGGCCCAAAGUGAAGCAUUCUUCGACUGCCCUCAAUGGAUCAACUACUUUUUCCACAUGGGACACUUGCAUAUCGAGGGACAAAAGAUGUCCAAGUCGCUCAAGAAUUUCAUUACCAUCAAGGAGAUCCUUAAGAAGUACACCGCCCGCCAGUUGCGUUUGGCCUUCCUUCUGCAACAAUGGAAUACCCAAAUGGAUUUCAAAGAUGCUUUGUUGACUCACGUCCUUAGCACUGAGCAAAUGUACGAAAACUUUUUCCGUAACGUUCGUGCCCUCGUGGAUGAAACGGACGCCAAUAGUGCUCGUGGUGAUUAUGUUCCUGAGAAGGUCAACGAACCUGAAAGCGAGCUGCUGAGUGCUUUCCGUGAAACACGAGAAGCUGUACACGAGGCUCUCUGUGACAACUUCAACACCCCUCUUGUCAUGCAACGUUUAGACCAGAUCGUGAACAAGGCGAAUGUUUACAUUAACGGCGCUGGCAAACACGUUCACUCACGUCUAUUGGCAAGCAUCGCUGUUUACAUCACCAAAAUGUUCCAAAUUUUUGGUCUCGAUGAAAACGGAAGUCCAAACGCUAUCGGAUGGAACUCUACCUCUGGUAACAAUGAUGCUUCAUCCGCUCAAACUACCCUCCCCGUUGUCCGUGCUGCAUCUACUUUCCGUGACACCAUUCGUGCUAUGGCAAUGGAGAAGAAGUCUGCCGCAGAGAUUCUUGCAGCUUGCGACAAGUUUAGAGACUACGACAUGGCUGAAUUGGGUGUCAGUUUAAACGAUCGCCCUAAUGCUCCAGCCCUCGUAAAGUUUGUUCCUGCUGAAGAGCUCAUUGCUCAGCGUGAAGAAAAGAUCCGUCUUCAACAAGAGGCGAAAGAACGCAAGCAAAAAGCAAAGGAACAAGCUGAGAAGGCUCGUGUUGAGCGUAUUAUGAGGGGAAAGUUGAGUCCAUCGAAGAUGUAUGAGUCAAACAAGGAGUACGUUUCCCUCGACGAAAAGGGUUUUCCCAAGACUAUGAGAGCUGAAGACGGUUCUGAGGUCGAAAUUCCCAAGAGCAGAAAGAAGAAGUUGUUAAAGGAAUACAAUGCACAGGCAAAACUCCACGAGGAGUACUGUGAAUACAUGAAAAGCAUUAACCAAGGAGAGGACAGCGAAACAAAGUAAGUCAGGCUUUCGGGUAUCGAUGGAAAAAGUAGUCGCCCGUCAGCAGUGUUUGAUGGAAUGUGUCUCUACUCCUUCGUGACUUUCGUUUCGCUCUAACCAUUCAUUUUCGUUCUUCAUGCUGUUUCUUUUGAAAUGCAACGUCUAUUCCCCACCAUCUUUUUUGGCAAGUUUUUUUUGUGUGUCUUAUAUCUUAUUCACAUGCAAGAAUUCCAAUCUCCCAUCCGAAAGGACCAAAAUGUUUAUAUAAAAUAUAUAUUCCUUAUUAAUGCAAGCAUAAUUGAAGGUCAUUAAAUC